CAAUUUACAGCGAUCAUUUCCCUUCACAAAUCGAUUCGUUCCGACCACCACUUGAACUCCCUAAAGAGAUCAGAGCAGCUCCAAUCGAAAGUCGGUCAUGCCUGCUGUGUGGGUGUGGAUGCUCUUGGCGGUCUUGAAUCUGACACUCGGUCAGGCCAUUAGUGAUUACCUAGAUAAUGAGGUGUCCAGAAAAACCCCAGAAAAUCAUAUACGAACACAGCCGAAAUCUCGAAGAACAUCGUGUAAAAAGUGCUAUCCAUAUCUCUAUCCAAAGAAGAACUACUACGUUGUGCAGAAGAGAACGGGUGAGAAAAGGCGUCACAAUGUCGUAUUUAUGCUGACAGAUCGAAGAACGGGACGUCCUGUAAAAGUGGCCUUCAAGCAUGGUCUCAGAAAUAAAAGAGGGGUUCGUGUUUUGAAGGGCUUUAAUAGCACCAACGACCCCUGCCGACUUAACCAAGGUAGAUGUGUUUAUCGACUGUUCAAUCGAAAGAACUUUCGCACUUAUAGAGUGGACUUUAGAACGGGGCUAAAGAACAGAAGGCGAGUUUCUGUGUUGAAGCUUAUACCAUGAAACCAUAAAGUGUUUAUUAUAAGCCGUAGGCAGUUAUAAGCACUGAAAUAAACAUACCAAAAUAUUUAAAAAAUUAAUUAAUGAACUUUAAAACUGAAUGUUUUCGCAAAUAAUUUUUAGUUUACGGUUGGUAUUUCUAAUAUAUUUAUAAUUAAAUAAAAAAUAUAUAAAAGAA